GUCGGCUACUCCUCUGGAGGCUUCAUCAGCGAUGUGAAGAUCGGCAAGAGCUUGGUCAUGGGCACGCAGCAGCAGUGGUUCGCGCGGCAGAUGACCAUGCCCCCCGGAGGACUGGAAUGUUGGCAAGGAUGGAACUACAUCUUCAUGGGCGUCGAAGGCAUAGAUGUGGAGAUGGGCUACAAGUGUAACAAGGGAACACUCAACAAGGUCUCCAUCAUGGACCGGACAGCGCGAUCCGCGGAGAAGCCCUACAUUGUGUGGGAGGGCUCCGAAUGGAUGAUCCACGUACCGAAGGUGGUGCAUCAGCCGGAGCCGGGCUAUAUCCAGGAUCGCGAAGGCCAGAUUGGCUGGAAGUUGAGCUUCAGAGAGGUCUUUGUGGCUGAUCCCCAGAUGAGUACCGAUACGAUCCUCCAGGGCAUGCGCUACAAGGCUGCUUUGCUUUUGACUCCGGGGAUCUAUACCCUGACUCGAUCUUUAGAGGUCACAAAGGAUCGCUUCGUGGUGCUGGGCAUUGGUUUUCCGACCUUAGUUUCUCCGGUGGGACAGUCGUGUUUGAAGGUGCGUUCAGGCUUGACUGAUGUGAGAAUUGCCAGCAUCAUAUUUGAUGCUAAUACCCCCGUUUCGCAUGGCUAUGCGGAACCUCUCCUGCAGUGGGGCGAUGCCACAAACCUCUUCGUCCGCCGGCAGCUCGAGGUCAGUGGCGUAGCCUCGGACAUUGUCGCGCGGAUCGGGGCCUUCGCUUACCUCAACUGCGAACUCAAACGGGCAGAUCAUAUGCUGGAGUUCAAUGAUGAUAGUUUGAUCAUUGACAACGUUUGGGUUUGGCACGCGGAUCACGAUGAUUGCUCCAACUUCGUGAUGGCUAAAGGCGCAGACAUGAUGGAUCGCCAUUUCAAAUCCGACCAGUGCCAAAGUCAGCAUGGUAUUGUGGUGAAUGGGAACAUCUACAGCCACUUUGCUCUGGGUUUGGGUGUCUACAUCAUCGGUGGAAAGCCCGCUUACGCUGCCUACUUGCUUUCAGAAUAUUGCGACCUGCGCAAUGUGGUUACGGUUGCGAUCGAUGCUUCUGAUGACUCCUUUCAUCACCAGGUGUGUCAAGAGAGCAUGGAAGGUGAACAGACGUGCUACAAGCCUCAGAACUGCUCGUGGAGUAGAUGUUGGAGACCUUGGGUCCCUUACGUGGACGCCCAUGCCCUCAAGCUUCGCGGAGCCACAUGGCCUUUGAUUCCUCCCACGGAGAAGUUGCCCGAGCCCAAGAUCCUGAAGCGCCUGCGACCGGAGGACAGAUAUCAAGUGAGCAGUUGGCAAUAUGCUGAUUAUCAGUUGGGCAGGGGAAAGAAAGGUGUUACCAGGGAAGCGGUGGAGGCUUCAACAAACUGGACAAGGAGCUGGAUCGGUCAAUUGCCCUGGUUGGCUCUUGUCGCGCUGAUCGCAUCUUUCUUCGGUUACUUUCUGUGCACCGGUCGAACGCGACAGCCAAGCGAGGCUGAUCGGAUACUCAGAGGUUAUGGCGAUGCCCUCGAAGGAACCGAAGCCAUGGACGACUCCCGAGAUUUCGAGCGGCUCCAAAUGGUGACCUAAAACCGGAAAUCAGGUAGCCCCAUGCAGAUAAAUGCUUGGACUGCGACGUUCACCCGGGGAUGCUGGGCGAUCAAACACACAAUUCCUUCCAUCAUUGUCCAUGCUUGGGAUGAAUGUGUACGUCGAUAUGCUAUG